AAUCAAUCAUAAUAUUUUCUACCGCAGAUAUUUAUUCGUGUUUAUGGUAGUUUCGUUUUAUAAAUGCACAUUUUAUCAUAGUAAUUGAAACCAAAUUUUUACGUUCAAGAUAUUAUCUAGCGUACUGUAAUUACAUAAAUUAUUUUGUCAAAAAUUGUAAAACAUGUCACAGUGGUUGACUGUGACUUUAAGAUGUUGGGUUGCGUUUAUAGCCUUCACGAAUUUCGGAGCUGCAUUUAGAUGUUUCACCGAAGACAACUUCGUACAUUCAAAAUUUUUUGGAAAUAAUUUAACCAUUAUUGAGUCAAAUGGAUCCUAAUUUUGUCUAUUUGUGUCAUCGUAUUUUAUCUCAGUUUUUUCGCUGUGGAAGGAUACUUUUAUAAAACCAUUCUCCUGCAUGGGCCAACAAUUUAUCCUUGCACCUUAAAUGGACUUACAUUGUUGUGGUUAUUAAUAAGCUUAAGAUUUCCAGCAAAAAAAACUAGAGAGGAGUUUGAUGAAAAUGAAGUUUUAAGAAGACAAUUUCAUUUUAAAAGUGUCUCCAGAAAAAUGCAAUGAAAAGAAUCAUGUAAAUAACUUUCAUACUUUUCAUUAUUCAAACUUUUCAUGUAUUUUUAACAACCACAAUCAAAUUUAAAAUCUAAUUUGAGAAUCUCAUUAAAAUAUAUAUGUGAUGUUGGCAGUCGUGUGAGCAGAACAAGCAGGCACAUGAUUUUAAAAAGAGCAAAUUUGUUUUAUUUAAUCAUUAUGAGAUGAAUGAUGAAAGAGAGUGUCACAAUUUCGUCGAGCUGCUGCAUAAAUGUUAGAGAGAAUCUUGCAAAGAAAAUUUAUUAUAAUCAAAUACUGCUCAUAAAUUAUAUUGAAUUUAAUAUAGAAUUCAAAAACUAUUCAUAUGGAAUUAACUCAAUCUUAUUUUUGGCAUAGCAUUCAUGUUAUUUGACAUUAUGAAGCAUUGAGUGUCUAACCUGUCAUGCUUACUCAACACGUUUAUUUUACACUUUAAAAUGUAAAUAUCAUCUAAGUAAGCUUCAAAGUUGCAAAAAAAAUUUUUUUAUCUAAUUUAUUUUACAUUUUUUUUAUAUUCUCGUAAACUCUUGAUAUAUUUCUGAACUCAAGUUCUGAUGUGUUUUUAUUGUGUUUUGUUUUAUUGUGCUUUGCUUGUUUUAUUGUGUUUUAAAAUUAAAAUUCUUCAGGCAUUUAUGUAAUUUAGAAACAUUUUUAGUUUUUAGAAGUAUCUCAUAACAUUCUCUCAUAAUUUAUUUUUUUAUUUUUUUAAAAAAUACUAAAAUAGUGUUUCAUUAAACUUUUUGUUGUUUUUAGUCAGAAUCAAAACUGGCAUAUAUGCAAUAUCAGACCUUAUAUUAAGAAAGAAAUCAAAGUGAUUAUCAAUUUUUUUUUAAAAAAUUAUUCUUAAAUAAAUUUGUUAGUAAACAAAUCUAUUUGUAAAUAAAUUUAUUUUACCCAAUUUUUCAUUGUAUCUAAUUUAUCUUUCUUUUGCUCUUACUUUUUUAUGUUUUUCUUAAAACUCAUCUUUGAGGAAUUUUUUCCCAUAGUUACAUUAAGUUGCAGUUGAAUAUUAUUUAUGUUCUGACUAUCUGCUGAAAAUCCUCAGAAGCAGAGUAGUGAUAUAAAAUAUUUAUCUAGUCAUCAUACGUAUAAUUUUUACUGUCAUUAAAUUUUAUGUAAUAAAUCAUUUUGUAGAUGUACUCUUAUGUGUGUAAUCUGUCUAUAAUUUAUAGUGUACAAAAAAAUGUUUAUUAAAGAGAAAGAUUUUA